UUCAUCACUCUCCUCUCCUCUCCUUUUUUCUCGCUCCAAUCUUUCUCUCUUCUUUUUCCACAUUUAAGUCCACAAAACAAAUCUCCAUUUCUGUCGGUGCUCCAAGCUUUUUUUUUCAUCUCCCAAGAUCUAUCAUCUACCUCAACUGACAGAUCCGAGUGAGUGUUGAAAUAUCUCUGCAACAACGAUGACAAUUACAAACGGAGAUGUCAAAUCUGAAACCUGCAACAAUGGAUUUUCUGAGAAGAAACCUUUCAGGAUCUUUGUUGGUUACGAUCCACGCGAAGAUCUUGCUUACCAAGUCUGUCGUCAUUCAAUCACCAAAAGAUCUUCAAUCCCUGUAGAGAUCAUACCAAUUGUUCAAUCAGAUCUUAGAAAGAAAGGUUUGUAUUGGAGAGAAAGAGGUCAGUUAGAGAGCACUGAGUUCUCUUUCUCUCGUUUCUUGACUCCUCACUUGUCUGAUUACGAUGGUUGGGCUAUGUUUGUCGAUUGCGAUUUCCUCUACCUUGCUGAUAUCAAGGAACUCACUGAUUUGAUCGAUGAUAAGUACGCUAUCAUGUGUGUUCAGCAUGAUUAUACUCCUAAGGAGACUACUAAGAUGGAUGGUGCGGUUCAAACCGUCUACCCGAGGAAGAACUGGUCUUCUAUGGUGCUUUACAAUUGUGGACAUCCUAAGAACAAGACUUUGAACCCUGAGAUUGUUAAUACUCAGACUGGUGCGUUUCUUCAUAGGUUCCAGUGGCUUGAGGAUGAAGAGAUUGGGUCUAUCCCAUUUGUGUGGAACUUCCUUGAAGGUCACAAUAGGGUUGUCGAGAAAGAUCCAACCACGCAGCCUAAAGCGGUGCACUAUACUCGAGGAGGACCUUGGUUUGAUGCUUGGAAAGAUUGCGAGUUUGCGGAUCUCUGGCUUAAUGAGAUGGAAGAGUACAGCAAAGAGAACAAGAAAGAAGCCGAUGUGGCGAAUUAGAAAGAAGAAGAAGAGGUUCGUUGUUACUUACUUACCAACACACGAGUAGUGCACUUGCUUAAAGGUUUCGUUCGUUACAUGGAUUUAUAUAUAGUUUUGGCUUUGUAGAGCCACGGAUCAUUAGUCUUGUGGAGGGCUAUGGAGUUUAAUUUCAUUGAAUUCGUUUAAAUCAUUCGCAACACUAAUACCAGUAUUAAAAGGUCAUAUGGUAUAAUAACCCUAUUCGUUUGUUUUCUUGU